CAGUGACCACAGGCCCCCACUGUAGGCAGGUGGGAGGAGGCUGAUUUAAAAGGCAGUUGGGCCUCUGGCCGAAGCACUCCGCUCUGCACCCAGCCCCGGCCACCCAUAGGCUGUAGGAAAACCCAGACUUCCGGACCAGCUUAGGGCGGGUGCCAUGUGAGCCCAGCUUGGCUGUCUUUCUGCCAGCCCUCCUUCUCUCCCUCCUGCCCACCUCUGCCUAUCCAGCUUCUCCAAAGAGGGAAACUUAGCACCAUGUCUCUGCUCAGUCCUGUCCUGCUGCCCCCCAAGGUGAAGGCCUAUCUGAGCCAAGGGGAGCGCUUCAUCAAAUGGGAUGAUGAGACAACCACGGCCUCCCCCGUUAUCCUCCGUGUGGAUCCCAAGGGCUAUUACUUAUACUGGACAUAUCAGAGUAAGGAGAUGGAGUUUCUGGAUAUCACCAGUAUCCGGGACACCCGCUUUGGGAAGUUUGCCAAGAUUCCCAAGAGUCAGAAGCUCCGGGAUGUCUUCAACAUGGACUUCCCUGACAACAACUUCCUGAUGAAGACACUCACCGUGGUAUCUGGUCCCGACAUGGUGGACCUUACCUUCCACAACUUUGUCUCCUACAAGGAGAAUGUGGGCAAGGACUGGGCUGAAGAUGUUUUGGCUCUGGUCAAGCACCCGCUGACGACUAACGCUUCCCGCAGCACCUUUCUGGACAAAAUCCUGGUGAAGCUCAAGAUGCAGCUGAACCCUGAAGGGAAGAUUCCUGUGAAGAAUUUUUUCCAGAUAUUUCCUGCUGACCGCAAGCGGGUAGAAGCUGCCCUCAGCGCCUGCCACCUCCCCAAAAGCAAGAAUGACUCCAUCAAUCCUGAGGACUUCCCAGAAUCUGUCUACAAGAGUUUCCUCAUGAACCUUUGUCCUCGGCCAGAAAUUGAUGAGAUCUUCACUACCUACCAUGCCAAGGCCAAACCCUACAUGACAAAGGAGCACUUGACCAAAUUCAUCAACGAGAAACAGAGGGACCCCCGCCUCAACUCCUUACUGUUCCCGCCCGCGCGGCCUGACCAGGUGCAGGGCCUCAUCGAGAAGUAUGAACCCAGUGGCAUCAACGUGCAGAGGGGCCAGCUGUCACCCGAGGGCAUGGUGUGGUUUCUCUGUGGGCCAGAGAACAGCGUCCUGGCCCAGGACAAGCUGCUGCUGCACCACGAUAUGACUCAGCCACUCAAUCAUUACUUCAUCAACUCCUCACACAACACCUACCUGACAGCGGGCCAGUUCUCAGGCCUUUCCUCGGCUGAGAUGUACCGCCAGGUGCUGCUGGCUGGCUGCCGCUGUGUGGAGCUCGACUGCUGGAAGGGGAAGCCCCCAGAUGAGGAGCCUAUUAUCACCCACGGCUUCACCAUGACCACAGACAUCUACUUCAAGGAAGCAAUUGAAGCGAUUGCAGAAAGUGCCUUUAAGACCUCCCCCUAUCCUGUCAUCCUGUCGUUUGAAAAUCAUGUGGACUCACCCCGCCAACAAGCCAAGAUGGCUGAGUACUGCCGGAUGAUGUUUGGUGACAUGCUGCUCACAGAGCCCCUGGAAAACUUCCCACUGAAAGCAGGCACUCCCCUGCCCAGCCCCGAGGAGCUCCGUGGCAAGAUCCUCAUCAAGAACAAGAAGAACCAGUUUUCUGGGUCAGCAUCCCCCAGCACAGAGCCGGAUUUGGGGGCUGAGGGCAGCUGCCCAUCCAAUGCCCCUGUGGGUGGGGACACAGUGUGGGCUGAUGAGGAAGGGGCUCAGCUGGAGGAGGAACAGGAAGAGGAGGAGGAGGAGGAGUCAGGAAAUCUGGAUGAAGAAGGGAUGAAGAAGAUGCAGUCAGAUGAGGGCACAGCGGGCCUGGAGGUGACAGCUUAUGAAGAGAUGUCCAGCCUAGUCAACUACAUCCAGCCCACCAAGUUCAUCUCCUUCGAGUUUUCUGCCCAGAAGAACCGAAGUUAUGUCAUCUCCUCCUUCACAGAGCUCAAGGCUUAUGACCUGCUCUCCAAGGCUGCAGUGCAGUUUGUGGACUACAACAAGCGCCAGAUGAGCCGCAUUUACCCCAAGGGCACCCGCAUGGACUCCUCCAACUACAUGCCCCAGAUGUUCUGGAAUGCUGGUUGCCAGAUGGUCGCCCUCAACUUCCAGACGAUGGACCUGCCCAUGCAGCAGAACAUGGCGCUGUUUGAGUUCAAUGGGCAGAGCGGCUACCUCCUCAAGCAUGAGUUCAUGCGACGACCAGAUAAGCAGUUCAACCCGUUCUCAGUGGACCGCAUCGACGUGGUGGUAGCCACCACCCUCUCCAUUCAGGUAAUCUCUGGGCAGUUCCUGUCAGAACGCAGUGUACGUACCUACGUGGAAGUGGAGUUGUUUGGCCUUCCUGGGGACCCCAAGAGGCGCUAUCGCACCAAGCUGUCACCCACGACCAACUCUAUCAAUCCAAUGUGGAAGGAGGAGCCCUUCGUCUUUGAGAAGAUCUUGAUGCCUGAGCUGGCCUCUCUCAGGGUGGCUGUGAUGGAGGAAGGCAACAAAUUUCUUGGACAGCGUAUCAUCCCCAUCAAUGCCCUGAAUGCUGGAUACCACCAUCUGUGCCUGCACAGUGAGAGCAAUAUGCCCCUCACCAUGCCUUCGCUCUUUGUCCUCCUGGAGAUGAAGGACUAUGUACCUGACACCUGGGCAGAUCUCACCGUGGCCCUCGCCAAUCCCAUCAAGUUCUUCAAUGCCCACGAUAAGAAGUCUGUGAAGCUCGAGGAAGCCCUGGGAGGCCUGCCUGAGAAGCCCUUCUCUCCUGAGAGUCCAGUUGCUAGCCAGGUCAAUGGGACAACUGCCCCAACAAGCAACGGGUCCGCAGAGCCGCGAACCACCAGCUUGGAGAAGCUGCGGGAGCUGAAGGGCAUCGUGAAGCUGCAGCGGCGGCACGAGAAGGAGCUGCGAGAGCUGGAGCGGCGCGGGGCGCGGCGCUGGGAGGAGCUGCUGCAGCGGGGCGCGGCACAGCUGGCUACGCUUGGGCCACCGGGCACCGGGGGCGGCGCCGGGGCUCGCAAGCUCGGCCCGGGCAAGGGCUCCCGCAAGAAAAGGACCCUGCCCUUCGAGGAGACCGCCAGAGCCACGCCCGGCGAGGGCCCCGAGGGCGCAGACACGCGCGUGCGCGAGCUGAGGGACAAGCUGGAGCUGGAGCUGCUGCAGCAGGGCGAGGAGCAUUAUGAGUGCCUUCUGAAGCGCAAGGAGCAGCACGUGGCCGAGCAAAUCGCCAAGAUGAUGGAGCUGGCCAGAGAGAAACAGACUGCGGAGCUUAAGACCCUGAGGGAGACCUCAGAGAAUGACACUAAAGAAAUGAAGAAAAAGCUGGAGGCCAAGAGGUUGGAGCGGAUCCAGGCCAUGAUCAAGGUCACCGCGGACAAAAUGGCCCAAGAGAGGUUGAAGAGAGAGAUUAACAACUCCCACAUCCAGGAGGUGGUACAGGUCAUCAAACAGAUGACAGACAGCCUGGAGAGGCAUCAGGAGAAGCUGGAGGAGAAGCAGGCAGCUUGCCUGGAACAGAUCCGGGAGAUGGAAAAGCAGUUCCAUCAGGAGGCACUGGCAGAGUAUGAGGUCAGGAUGAAGGGCCUGGAGGCUGAGGUGAAAGAGUCGGUGAGGACCUGCCUCAGGACCUGCUUCCCCUCUGAGGCAGAGGACAAGCCUGAGAGGCCCUGUGAAGCCUCUGGGGAGCGGUGUGAGCUGGACCCACUUACAGCAAAGGCAGACAUCCAGGAGAGCCACCUCUGAUACCCCCAGCCAACUGAGACAUUCUACAAGGAGUUUCGCCCUUCUCUGGGACAAGGCUCCAUCCACUUAAGAGGAAUGGCCCCAGCAGUCUCAGCACUCGGAGGCUGUGGAAAGCUGGGGCUCCCUUGGACCCUAGAGACCGCUCCUCAAUAACCAGGCUAAAGGAGGAGGCAGAGACCAGAUACCAUCAGGGCAGGGGCCCAUCAGGGCCACUGAGGUCCUCUCCAAGCUGACUUCCUUCUCCUCAUCCUUCUCUUCCACCUUGAAUAAGUCGUAUGUGUGUUGAGGGCAAAAGAAUAUGGACUGGGAGGCAGGAAAUUGGGUCCUAGCCCCACUCUGCCUUUCUUAAUAUGCAACUAGUGGUGCCUUAUUCUGGACUCAGUUUCUUCACCUGGAGGGUUAGGCCUGGCCACCUGAAACCUCCACUCUAGCACCUGUAGAUUACGCAGGACCAAAUUCCAAACCCUUCUGCCAUAGGGCAGGCAGCUCACCCAGGCUCCUGGGCCCCACCUCAGGCCUGCCCUGAGAUGGCCUCAGUGUCAGCUUCCUGAUACAGAGCCUGGCACUUCCUCCAAGCAACCUGGGGUCGGGACAGGCUGCCCCUAGGAUCCCAGGCUGAGGUCCUGUCAUGCAGGGUCUCAGCUCCCGCUCCCCACAUAAGAACUCAGGACAUGGUGAGGCCAAAAAGAAA